AUGUUCUUCGCCACGCUCUUUGCGUCUCUUUCCGCGGCAUCUAUUGCGAUCGCUGCCCCGGGCCACGAUCACGUUGAAGCCCGCCAACUGCCGGAUACCUGGUACCAGCCUUCGACUCCCAAGCUGGACGCUGUUUAUCGGCGUGCAGACUCGUCUUCUUCUAAUACUUUCGCUGCCGUGGGCUCGGAAGCUUGGGCGAGCGGCUUCCCCGUUCCAGGAGACAAAUUGAGUGCGGACGACGUUCCUCAAGCAUGGAAGGAUGCUCUCGCGGCCGCCAUCGCGGCAGGCAAAAUACCCGAUAUUCCUGUUUCGACCCCAUCGGCAAGCGGAAACCCGACCUACGGCGGUCAAGACCCUGACAAGCUCCCUAUCUGCUCUGGGACGUACGGCUGUCGUCUCUCAACGUCGAUCUGGGACGGGCCCAACAACACUAUCGGCAUUUCCUUCGACGAUGGUCCUUUGCCUGGCUCGUCGGAUACACUAUAUGCUUUCCUCCAGAAUAACUCUAUCCCCGCCACGCACUUCUUCAUCGGCACGAACAUCCUCUCGAACCCCAAAGAAUUCAACACGGCGUACAAGACUCUGCAAGGCGACAUUGCCGUUCAUACUUGGACUCACCCGUACAUGACGACGCAGAGCAAUGAUCUCGUGCUAGCCGAACUUGGAUGGACCGCGCAGCUCAUCUACAACUCGACUGGUGGCCGCAUCCCAAGGUACUGGAGGGCACCUUAUGGCGAUAUCGAUAGCCGCGUUGAGGCCAUCGCACGAGAGGUAUUCGGCAUGACAAGCAUUCAGUGGAAUCAAGAUACUGCCGACUGGACCCUGACCACCAACAGCCACUACACCAGCGCUGAGAAGAUUCAUUCCCAGUUCGAGAAAUGGCUUACUGGCGCGCGCUCGCCCGGUCUGAUCGUUCUCGAGCACGAAUUGAGCCAGCAGAGCGUGCAAGCAUUCAUUGACGCUUAUCCGCUCAUGGUUCAGAACAACUGGAACAUCGUGUCCGUUGCCGCGGUAGACGGUAACGGUACCUACCAAAACGCUAUCAACUCAACGAGCGCCAUCUUCGGCAACUCAAAUAUCACGUCUGGCAAGAACCUCGGUAACGCGUACGCGCUCGCAUCUUCCGAGGCGGUUGCAUCUGCGUCAGCCACCGCGACCGCCGCCUCGCAGGCGUCGCCCAGCGCCUCGUCCUCGUCCUCAUCUUCCUCGGGUACUGGUUCGGACGUAUCGCACAGUGGUGCAGCCUCUCUCGCCGGCAUGCCUUCUGCAUCGCUGUCGGCUCUUCUUUUGACCGCAUUGUUGGGCGUUACUCUUCUGUAA